AUGGCCAGUGGACUAUCCAGAAACUCUUACGACGACGAUCAUGCAGUCCUUGAAGAUGACUUCCUCAAUGAUGAAGUCGAACCGGACGAACCCUCCUACAACACCUCUGAUCGCACCCCUUUGACAGGCAACAUCCAAUCGUCCUCUUCCAGCGCACCCCUCAACCAAAGCUACUUGACCUCGAGGAUACCUGGUGAGGACAGGCAUGCCACACAAAAUACCAUCGAUGAGAGUGUCUGGGACACAGUAUCUCGAGACCUGUUCGCGGUAUGGGAGAAAAUGAAACAAGUCCUCUACCCGAAGUACUUGCUUGGAGGCAUGCUCCAGAGACAAGGCACUGGCAUGGGUGAUCUCGAGAGUCAAAGGGGAGGGCUCGGCAGAGAUCUCAGAGGCCUGCUGGGACGUUGGCCCGAUGCAGAUGGCAUCUUGCAGGGAGGGAUGAGUGAAGGCUUAAGAGAUUGGGAUCUAUGGGGCCCUCUCAUCUUCUGCUUGUUGCUGAGCGUCUUCCUUUCUAUGCGCGCCAGCAAAGGCCAAACCGACCUGGUCUUCUCCGGUGUCUUUUCCUUGAUCUGGAUUGGCGAGGCCGUGGUGACCCUCCAGAUCAAACUGCUUGGGGGGAAUAUAUCGUUCAUGCAAUCCGUCUCCAUUAUCGGGUAUACCCUCUUCCCUCUGACCAUUGCCGCCCUCCUCAGCGCGCUCGGCCUACCAACUAUUGCGCGCAUUCCCGUUUACAUCGUCCUUGUUGCUUGGUCACUAGCAGCCGGAGUUAGUAUCCUCGGGGGAUCAGGGGUGGUAAAGAAUAGGGUGGCCCUGAGUGUCUAUCCUCUCUUUGUCUUCUAUGUCAGUCUCGGCUGCCUCUGUUUUAUUAGCUAG